UGCUCUCACUAUUAUAUAUAUCAGUAGAAAAAUAGAGAAAAUAAGAGUGAGUAUUUUAUGCCAACAAAAAACAAGCUGAUUAAUUAACAAGACAUCAUGAAUCAAGGUGUGCGACAAUGUUUUCCAGUCAGGAGGCCUUGGUCUUUGGUGAAGUGUUUGAUGUGGGCGUUAGUAAUUUUUGUGCAAAUCCAUGAGCACAAAUGUUGCUUGGAGGAAGAGAGGAUUGGUCUGUUACGACUGAAGGCGUUUCUGAAAUCCCAUUAUCACAUUGGCCAUCGUCUUCCCUCCUGAAUUGAAGACGCAGAUCAAAUGAGCAGUGACUGUUGUGAUUGGGAGCGAGUCUUGUGCAACUCCACCACGGGUCAUGUCAUUGAACUCUUGCUCCAUGAUAUGAAGCAACAGUACUAUUAUAAUGGUUUCUACUGGACAACAGGCACAAUUCACGAGAAGCAUAAUUGGUUGCUAAAUGUUUCCCUAUUUCAGCCUUUUAAGGAGCUAACAAGUCUUGAUUUGUCCAGCAAUAAAAUUGGUGGUUGCAUAGCUCAUGAAGGUUUUGAAAGGCUAGCUGUAUUGAGAAGGUUGGAGGUAUUGAACCUCGCUAAUAAUUACUUUGAAGAUAGCAUUUUCCCAUCCCUAUCUCAACUUUCAUCCCUUACCACAUUGGUUCUUGUGGGUAAUGAUCGUUUGGGAAAUUGGACAACAGCUGCAGGUUCUAAAAGCUUGUCAAGGUUAGACAACCUGGAGACAUUAGAUAUUAGUUGGACUAAUUUCAGCAAGAGCGCCAUAUCGUCGUUGAGUACUGCAGUCAAAUCAUCAUCCCUUAGGAAUCUGAAUCUUGCUGGACUUUGGAUGGAAGGACCUUUACCUGCCCAAGAAUUAUCGGCGUUUGAAAACUUGGAGAGGUUGGAUUUAAGUGACAAUUGGCUUACGGAGUACGGCUUAACACCCAAAGAAUUCCAUGGUUUGUCUAAACUGAGCAAGCUAAAGCACAAGUUGGAAUUCAUUCCGGAAUCAAAUUUUUAAAGUUUUGGGCGCCCAGCUUCCAGCCCUCGAGUCUUUGGACCUAAGUUUCAACUUAAUCCAUGGGCCUCUUUCUAUCAAAGAAUUCCAUGGUUUGUCUAAACUGAGCAAGCUAAAGCACUUAGAUUUAAGUUACAACGUAAUCGAAGGGCCUCUUUCUAUCAAAGAUUUGGCAAAUUUAAGAAGGCUGGAGAUUUUAGAUAUGCGUGAAAAUCGCUUGAAUGGGAGUAUUUCUCCAUAUAUUGGAGCACUAUCUUCAGCGAAGGCUAUAUCGUUAUCUGACAAUUAUUUCAAUGGAGAUUUCCCUACUCAAGAUUUGUGCAAAUUGAAGAAACUUGAAGAGUUGGAUAUUUCUUACAAUGACUUUGAAGGUAUCCUGCCUCGAUGCAUAAACAAUAUAUCAUCACUAAGAGUGUUGGAUAUAUCUGGUAACCAUUUCAUUGGAAAGUUGUCUUCAUCUCUGGUAGCCAGCUUGAAUCCCACAACGAUUGAGUAUAUUGAUCUUAGUCAUAAUCUCUUUGAGGGUCUGUUCUCAUUCAGCUCAUUCGCUAAUCAUUCCAAGCUUAAGGUGGUUCGAAUUAUGAGUGAAAACAGCAAACUUGUGAUUGAAACUGAAAAUCCAUUGGGUUGGACCCCAUUAUUUCAGUUAACGGCCCUAGCAUUGCAGAAUUGUAAUCUAAACAAGCUAACUGGAAAUAUCCCCAAGUUUCUCUUUGAUCAGUACAGUUUGGAAAAAGUUGAUUUCUCUCACAACAAGUUGAAAGGAAGCUUCCCGUUGUGGUUGCUAGAAAACAAUACAAGGAUACUACAGCUAAAUCUUAGAAAUAAUUCUUUUGAGGGUCGAUUUUAUUUACAACCAGAGCACCAUAUUAAUGUUUCUUUGAUAGAUGUCUCAGGAAAUCACUUCGAUGGGCGACUUCAAGAAAAUAUUGGAAAGAUAAUGCCAUAUUUACAUUGGCUAAAUAUUUCCCAAAAUCAUUUUGAAGGUGAUUUUCCAUCCUCAAUUGGUGACAUGAGUUAUUUGCAAGUAUUGGAUUUGUCCUUUAAUAGAUUCUCAGGGAAGGUGCCAACAGAAUUGGUUUCCAAAUGUACCUCCUUGAAAACUUUGAAUUUACGCAAUAACAACUUUUAGGGUGAAAUCUUCUCGAAGCAUUUCAAGUUGUCAGCCUUAUUGAUGCUUCAAUUGAACAGCAAUCAGUUCACAGGUACUCUAUCUAGCGUAUCAUCAACUCUUACAAGCUUGUAUCUGUUUGAUAUUGGGAACAACAACAUGUCAGGUACAAUUCCCAGUUGGAUAAGAAAUAUAAUGGGGUUAGGGGGAGGAGCUCUUAUCAUGAGUAAUAAUUCUUUUGAGGGUCACAUUCCCUGUGUAAUUAAUCCAAUGGAUUUAAUAGAUCUUUCUCAUAACUCACUUGCGGGACCUUUACCUUCUUGCUUGGAUGAACAGUCUAAUGUACUUUUGCAAGGGAACAAGCUUACAGGAUCUAUACCAAGUGCCCUUUUUAACUCAUCAUCUCUUAAGACAUUGGAUGUUAGAGAAAACAACCUUUCUGGCACCCUUCCUGUUGAAAUUAAUAUGCUUUCUAACUUAAGAAUACUUUUGUUGGGAGGCAACAAUUUUGGUGGUAUGAUUCCAAACCAAAUAUGUUUGCUAAAGAAAAUAGGCAUAAUGGAUCUUUCAAGGAACUCCUUUUCUGGGACAAUACCGGAUUGUUUUCACAAUAUUACCUUUGGGAAGAUAAAUGCUACUAAUCUUGCCUUUUCACAACCUGGUUUUUUUUCUCUAACAUGGUCUACCAAAUAAGCUUUAAUAUAUGAAAGUCUUCUAGUGAAAUAUAUUUGGGAAUCCUCUGUAGGAAUGCCAUAUGAUUAUAAUAAUCAUGUUGAGGUUCAGUUUGUAACGAAGUACAGAUCUAGCACCUACAAGGGUGGCAUCCUUGAUUACAUGUCUGGAUUGGAUUUGUCAUGCAACAGACUAACAGGUGGAAUCCCAGCGAAACUUGGACAACUAUCUUCAAUUAUUUCACUAAACUUGUCUCACAAUCAACUGAUAGGUUCGAUUCCGGAGACAUUUUCAAGUUUGGCAUCGAUAGAAAGCUUGGACCUUUCUCACAAUAGUUUGAGUGGAGAAAUUCCCUCGACACUGGUUGAUUUGAAUUUUAUGGAAAUAUUCAAUGUUUCAUACAAUAAUUUAUCUGGUAAGGUUCCUGAUAUGAAAUAUCAAUUUGGGACUUUUGAUAAGAGUAGCUACGAAGGAAAUCCAUUUCUUUGUGGACCACCGUUGGAGAAUUGCUAUACCACACCAGAUAAGUCAAAUCCAAAACCAAAAAAGCCUUCAAAAUGGUAUGAAGUAGAUCAUGUAGUCUUUUUUGCAAGCUUCUUAGUAUCUUACCUUAUUUUCUUUUUGUCGGUAGUUAGUAUCCUUUAUAUUAAUCCUUAUUGGAGGCAAAGGUGCUUCAAUUUGAUUGAGGAUCUCAUGUACUGGAGUUAUUUUACAGUUUUGAUACCCCUAAAAAGGUUGCCAAAUUGACUAUGUCGACAUUAGAUAUCUCGUGGUUUCAUGGACAACUUUAAAGGCUGUGAUGAUAGUUAGUUGUGUACUUGCAUAUGUAAUUGAUUAUCAAUACUGUUUGUUGUGCUCUAAUAUUAUGAAUCAAGGAACUCAAUUCCAGGCCUCUUUCUAUAGAAGACUGGUUUUAAUUGAAUUUUAUUUCC